GCCGAGGAUGACGAGGAUGGCGGCGCAGGAGGAGGACAGUGACGAGGAGGCCUGGCUGCAGCUCCAGCCCGUGGAACCUUUGCCCACCCAGUGCUGCGGCGGCGGCUGCUCCCCCUGCGUGUUCGACCUCUACCACCGAGACCUGGCCAGGUGGGAGGCUGCCCGGGCCAGCAAGGACAAGGCCCUGCUGCGAGGGGACGAGCCACAGAGCGGUCCCUCCCUGCUGAGCAUGGAGACCUUCUCGGCCUUCCGCAUCACUGAUGUGCACAGACUCACCCAGGACACCUACCGUGUCCGCUUCGCACUGCCCGGGCACGGCCAGCUCGGCCUGCAGCCCGGCCAGCACCUCAUCUUACGGGCUCGGGUCGGUGACUUGGAUGUCCAGAGAGCCUACACGCCCAUCAGCCCUGCCAAUGCGAGUGGCUACUUCGAGGUCCUCAUCAAGUGUUACCCGACAGGGCUCAUGUCCCAGCACGUGGAGUCCUGGAAAGCGGGGGACACAGCUCUGUGGCGGGGACCUUUUGGAAGCUUCUCCUAUCAACCAAACCAGUAUGGUGAGCUCCUCAUGCUGGCCGCGGGCACCGGCCUGGCCCCCAUGGUGCCCAUCCUGCAGAGCAUCACCGACAACGCCGACGACGAGACCUUCGUCACCCUGGUGGGCUGCUUCAGGACCUUCGAGGACAUCUACCUGAAGGCCUUCCUGCAGGAGCAGGCUCGCUUCUGGAACGUGCGCACCUUCUUUGUACUCAGCCAGGAGAGCUCCCCCGAGCAGCUGCCCUGGAGUUACCAGGAGAAGACCCGCUUCGGCCGCCUGGCCCAGGAGCUGGUGGAAGAGCUGGUCGCGUCCUGUCGGAGGAAGCCAUUCGCCUUGGUCUGCGGCUCGGCUGAGUUCACCCAGGACAUGGCGGGGUGCUUGCAGGGGGCCGGCUUGGAGGAGGAGGACUACUUCCUCUUCUAG